ACCGAACAACCGUACGUGUACGAAAGCAACCAAACGACGAACAGUGAACGGUUUUACUUGGCGUCAGACGCCCCGUGCGACCGUCCGCGCCUGUGCUGCGCCUGUUUUUAUACAUGGCGACCGAUAAAUAGUGAUUACACGGGUGGUUGGUGUUAGUAAUUCUGUCUGACGAAACGAAAAAAAUAAUAAGAAAUUCGUACAAGGGCGUCCCGAGUGGACGAGGAAUGCGGUGCUGGAAGUUGGGACUGUGCCCCAUGUGCGCUAUCGACGAACGUCCGAUCCGCGAAGAUUAUUGAUCGAAGAUUUUUCACGGGCAAUCAAUCGAUCGAUCGGCCAUGUGAGAUCGUACCGCUGCGGUUUCUCUGCAGUUCUCGUUCUCUACUCCGAAUACAAGUUGCACCGCACGAGCGAACGAACGAACGAACGAACGUAGGCGCCGAGUUAUCCGUUAAUAAUUACUACACAUCCCAUCGGCUUGACUUUCGUGCACCGAGAUACGCUAUUUAUCGUAAGACUCCGAUGCAGCGUAUUACGCGCAUAAUACUUACAUACGUUGAGCGAGAAGGUGUGUACAGAUAACAGCAGAGUUGACAGUGGUGUGCCGGGAGGGCCUUCGUCGGACGAUCAACAAGUGGCGUGGGCGCCGUAUUCUCGUUAGUGUUGUACUCUCGGUGCGCGACGUUGGGUACGUAAGGUACGCGACUGUACGUUGAAAGUUUUGCUUUUGAAUACGAGAAGUGAAAACGAGAAGAUAUUUCAUUUUCCAUAGCUGCUAUGCUUCAGCGUCAUCGGACUACGGGGGACUUUGGGUACAUGUGUCGCUGCAGGUGUGCGUCGGUGUCUGUCACAUUCGGUGAUUUUUUUCCUACUUUUUUCGGUAUUCUCAUAGCAUCUGUGAGUGAAAUUUCGUGCGGUGUUGAUCCGAAAUAAAUUCCGUUAUGUCGUUCGAUUCACGAGAAAUUUCAGAAUUAAAAUCAACCGAAUAUUCUACGUGAAGAUAAAGUUAUCCGUGUCUUUUUAAUGCUAUCGAUGUAACUAACAAGUACUGUGUGAUAGGAAGUGCAGCUGUAAUAUUAUUUCGGCUUGAUUUGUGGUCGGUGUGCAGUUUUCUGUUUUAACGAUACUCAAAUGAUCGUUAUAUCACGUGUUAUUGAAAGUAUUAAUAUAUUAUCUUAAACAUCAAUUGGAAUAUCAGUGUCUUACGAUAAAUUUCGUCAUUGGAUUAAAACUGUACGGAGUCGGCUGGAUCAGUUUCUCUAGAACACAAGAUGGAGGUCGUCUAUAUAGACGAACGAGAGGAUGUACAAAAGAAAACCUUUGCCAAAUGGAUAAACUCCCAGCUUUUAAAAAAUCAUCACGAGCCGAUUUCAGAUUUAUUUGUCGAUCUGAGGGAUGGAAAUCGCCUUUUAUCGCUGCUGGAAGUCCUCACCACAAAAUCAUACAAAAGGGAACGUGGACGGAUGCGAGUACAUCAUCUCAAUAACGUGAACAAGGCGUUACAAAUUUUAGAACAAAAUAAUGUAAAACUCGUUAAUAUAAGCAGUAAUGACAUAGUCGACGGUAAUCCGAAACUGACUCUCGGUUUAGUAUGGAGUAUUAUACUUCAUUGGCAGGUGCAUUAUCACCUCAAAGAUCUCAUGUCAGAGUUACAACAAACGAAUUUGGAAAAAACACUUUUAGCUUGGUGUCGCCAAAAUUCACAGAACUACUCGGGAGUCGAUAUCAAAAAUUUUACUACCUCAUGGUCGGAUGGUUUGGCUUUCAACGCUCUUCUUCACAGGUGGAAACCCCAUCUUUUUGAUUUUAGUAAUCUUUCACGAAAACAUCCUAAUGCAAGGCUCGAUCACGCCUUUCGACUCGCUCAGGAGCAUCUCGGAAUAGAAAGACUUCUCGAUCCCGAGGAUGUAAAUACGUCCGUACCGGAUAAAAAAUCUAUUAUGAUGUACGUUAUGUGUCUUUUCCAAUCUUUACCUCAUUCUGGGGAAGAUGUAGGAGAAUUGGAUAUAUCUGUCACCAGUGACUCUAGUCCGGUCACUACACCGGGCGCCGAGAGUUCAUUAACUUUUGCGAAUCUCGGUAUGCCGAUAUCCCGACCAAUGAGUCUUGCGACUAACGUCUCCGUAGAACUUGGAGGGUAUCAAGUAGCUUUGGAGGAAGUUUUGACUUGGUUAUUAGAGGCUGAGGAUAAAUUAAGCCACGUACCAGAACCCGGGCCGACGUUAGACACUUUGAAGCAGCAGUUUCACGAGCAUGAAACAUUUUUAAUGGAGUUAUCGGGGCAUCAAGAUGGAGUCGGCGCUGUUCUCGAAGAAGGUGCGAGACUUCUUGCCGAAGGUGGUUUGCAUAAAGACGAAGAAGACGAAGUCAGAGUUCAGAUGCAACUUCUCAACUCACGUUGGGAAGGCCUUAGAACUCAUGCAAUGGAAAGACAGUCACGAAUUCACGAGGUUUUAAUGGAGAUGCAGCAGGGGCAGUUGGAUUCUUUGAGGAAAUGGUUAACGGAAACGGAGGAUAGAAUAUCUCGAAUGUCUGCAACGGAAUUGAAUCAGUUAGCUUUAGACGAGCAAAUGAAUCAGCUCAAAGAAUUGAGAAAGGAUAUCCAAGAGCAACAGAGCGUGAUUGACGGCUUCAGUAAAAUCGUUGUUGUCGUAGAUGAAGAAAGUUCGGAAACAGUUUACGCCCAGAUGGAAGACCAGUUGACAGCCUUGGGGGAAAGGUGGACCCAUAUUUGUCAGUGGAUAGAGGAGAGGAAUCAAAAAUUACAGAUUUUGGCGUCUCGUUGGGGGGAUUUGACCGACGAAUACAAGAGACUUGUGGCUUGGCUGAACGAGCGGGAAAUAACAUUGAAACAAAUGGAAGCCAAUCCAGCCUCCGAGAUGGGGGAAGUAUUGGAAAGAAUAAAAAAAUUGCAACUUCUUAAGCUGGAAAUGGACCACGAGCAGAAGAGACUCACCUCUUUACAGGUUUCUGUUCAAGAAUUAGACGAACAGGGAUCGUCACCUGAAAGUGCUAGUAUUUUGGAAAAAAUUGAGAACCUACAAGAUAGGUGGGACGCCGUUGUCCAAAUUAUGGAAGUUCAAGGCCAGAGAAUAUCCAGCUCUGGAUUCGAAUUCGAAUUUAAACCCGUUCAAGAAACCACCACUGUGGUUUCCGGAAACGAAUGGAUGACUGAAACUGUAACAACGAUAGCGUACAGGGAAGAAAUCGCGGCUUCCACUUCGCAUAGUGAUUCUAAGAAACGUCGCCUCGGAAGUGCAACGAGACAGGAAUUCGAGGCAGCUCUGUUAAAUUUGUACAAGUGGUUGGAUUACGUUGAUUUAGAAACUGGUCGUUCGGACAGUGUAUUUGACGAGUUGAGCGUAGAAGAGAAGAGGGUUGUUUACGAGGAUAGUUUGGCCGAUCUGAGUUCGCACGAAACUGAAUUCACCAGAGUUCUGCAACUCGGUAGCCAACUUCUAGAGGAGACCAAACAGACCAAUGAACAAACCGAAGAUGAUGAACAGAAAAUUAAAACUGUCCAAGAACGUUGGAAAGCAACGACUAAUCGACUGAAAGAAAUAAAGGAGAGAAUUGAUUUUUUGACGGAUCUCAAAAAAUUUACCAACGAAUUAGCCAGUCUGCAGUUAAUUCUUGAUGGACAUACCAAGUGGUUUAACGGACACCAUGGAAACAGUCAGAUCGAAACCUAUAGGGUGAAAAUAAAAUCAAUGAAAUCGCACGAGGACCGUAUCAAUAAAUUAAUGAUAAAAGCGAACGAAUUGGUCGGAAAUAAAAUUUGCGGCAAAGAAGCAAGCACCGUAGACGUGGACGCGAAGAAUUUCGCAUCUUCUUGGGAAGAACUUUCAAAAAAGUUAUCAGAUCGACUUACGGAAUUGACGAAUUUGGCUGUUAAGAAGCCUCCGAAAAAAUAUACAGAUACUGUAAGCAGCCUUCUGACGUUCAUAAAUUCCGUAGAAAGCGUUCUUCUUUCCGAACACGCCGUUGUUUCCGAUGAUAAAUCAAUGGAAAAUCAGCUCAAGAAGUUCGAAGAUCUUCAGAAGUCUUUAGCUGAACAGCAAGCCAAUUUCACUUACGUUAAUUCAACCGGGCAGGAUUUAAUUGCAAAAAUUAACGGUGACCCGAGUAGCCAAAGAAUCAGAGAAGAACUGCAAGAUCUCAUUACUAAAUGGAGCGAUAUUCCAAUAAUUCUCGAAGAACGACAGCAGAAAUUAUUGAAAGAUAUCGAGUCUUUGAAAGAAUUCAAUCACGAAUUUGAAAGUUUCGAAGACUGGCUUGAAAAGUCAUCGAGGUAUUUAGAGGAGGCUUCGGAAGAUGCGCUUGUAAAUGACGUUGAAACUACGGAAUUCAAGCUUGAACAGAUACGAGCUCUUUCCGAAGACAUAAGUAAAAAUAAACCGAGGAUCGAGCGUAUACAAACUUGCGCUAACAAAUUAUUGGAAAAUUCUGAACCAAAAUUCGCAAAUAUUUUAAAUAACAGACUGGAAACGGUCUCACAAAAGUGGCACGCGAUUGUCGAUGGCGUUAAGCAUCAGGCGGAUAAGUUCCAGAGUGCUUUGAAAAAGAACGAUAAGAUUAUCAACGGAAUCGAAGAUUUCACCAAGUGGCUUUCUAGUUUAGAGCAGGAAAUCCCGUCCAAAGAGAAGAUUACUUCCUCUGUAGAGUUAUUUCAGGCACGCGGCUGCUAUCAAAUAUUAAAAGACAAAGUAGAUAGACGAGUUGAAGAAUUUCGAAAUAUUAACGAAAUGGGUAAUGACAAACUGCUAAGUUCUGAAGGAUCUUCUGUCCAAGAACUGGGAAGACGUUUUACCCACCUAAACGCUAGAUGGACAGAUGUUACUGAUAGGAUUUACGAACGAUAUCGGCAGCUCCAAAAUGCUAGUCAUGAAUAUGGGGAGUUCAGGGCCCUUGUUGCUCAGGAAAGCGACUGGCUAGACAAACUUGAUAAAAGGUUGAAAAAGUCAACGAAAAGUGCAGCUGAUGCAGAAGAAAUUUCAGAAGAACUCGACGAUUUGGAAAAUUAUAUUCGGAAUCGUCCGGAGCAACGAUUUGCUAAAAUCCAAGAAAUCGGCAAGCAACUCAUCGACAAUGAUAUUAUGACCAAUUCGGUGAAAGCUGAUGUCGAAGCUUUGUCGAAUCGUUGGGAGAAUCUGAGUAAAACGGCAGGAGAACGGGCUCAACUCUUGGAAGGAUCGGUGCGGCAAGCGCAAGAGUCUGAAGGUCGUAUUAUCGCACUUCAGCAUUCGUUAACGCAAGUAGACUCCGUACUAACUGCACGUCUUGAUUGUGACCUGACUGCAGAUGAUUUGCCGCACGAAAUUCAGAAAUUGUUCGAAGAGUUAGAAAAUCAGAAAGCAACUUUACACGAAAUGGAGACCCAGGUUGAAUCCUAUAAGGCGAAUGGUAAACACGAGGCAGCAGCCCGACUUCAAGAACAAAUGCAGCUAAUCGAAGGAAAGUUUUCCGAAGUCAACGCAAAAUUCCAACGUUUUUGCUGCCCUCAAAAUCUCGAACCUAGAUUAUCUCGAGCUCUCAGAGAACUCAGAGGUAUCGAGGAGGCUACCUGCCUUCUCGAAUUGGCUUCCGAAGAUCCAGAAGCGAUAGAGGGACAGCUCAAGCAUUGCUUGCGGUUCUACGGGACAUUGAGCGAAAUAAAGGGGGAAAUUGAAAAUAUUAUCGUCACUGGUAGGAAACUGGUAGAAGAUCGGAUCGUGCAAGAGCCGGUAAAAUUCUCAAAACGAAUCGAUACUCUCAAAGAACUUUACAACAAGCUGGGGUUACAAAUAACUGAAUCAAAAUCCGCAUUGGAAUCUGCUCUGGAACUAUCUCGUGACAUAUUCAAACACAUGACUUACAUCAACAUGUCCGUCGAAAGCAUUAACAAGGAAUUAGAUACCCAAAAGAACAUGCCGGAAUUGCCUGUGAAUGCGAUAUACGUUACGGAGACUCUGACAGAAGUUAUGCCGAGAUUGAACGUUGUGAGGGAUAAGUUGUUCCGAUCUCAAGAUGAAUUUUCCAAACUCUGUGAUCCGAUGUACUUAGAACAGUUAAGAGAUAAAGUAACCGAAGUUACUACGCGACUAGCCAAUACCGAGCGAAGACUGCGUCUUUGCAGUGGCUCGGAGGAUGAACCGUGCGUCGAUGAAAUUAAUGCAUGGUUGCAACAGACAGAAGAUAAAUUAAAUCAUUUGGAUUCCGUGCCAACCGAUCAGCUGAGUGAACAGCACUUCGAGCACUGCAAGGCCAUACAGAGUGAGAUGAUCGAAACUAAACCGAAGGUAAUGCAGCUUCAGAGGUGUUCAUUUUAUCCUAAGGUUGCCAAGGUUUGCGAAAAAUGGGAAGAAAUAUGCAACAGAAUACAGGGCUGGAUCCAAAAAAGUACAGAUCAUUUCUUGGUUUUUAAUAAGACAUGCGAUGAUAAGGGGAGAGACUAUUUGGAACUUACUAAUUCGUUCGUGCUUCUAAAUCAAGCGACAAAUUCACCGGUUAGACGAGAAAUCAAGUCGAUAGAUCAUGAACAGUCGAUUUGUGGUAUCGGCUACUUGAAUCCCGCGUUCGAAGAGAAAGGAGAAAAUGCUAAAACGCCCAAAAGCUCACCAAUCGAUAUACCUCUGCGCAGUAAGAAGUCUAGCACAAAAUCAGCUAAGAAUGAAAGCAGAAUAAUAGAUGUUAGCAAAACCGUGAGAAGACGACUAGAUAUGAGUUCGGUUCCGGACGUUGUACAAACUUCUCAACCUCGGGAAAUACCGAGAAAUGGCGAUUCUCCCAUUGAAUUGUCGGACAGAAAGUCACCGGUAGCUGCGGAUGAAGAAUUCUUUCUCGCAAAAAAUAGUAAACUGUUUUCUCAAGUAUCGACGAACAGCUUGACCGCGACCGAUUCGAAACCAAUAAAGUUUACGAAAGCACAGCCAAAUUCGUUCCGCAUUGUCGAGAUAAAAGAAAUGGAGAUAGUCAAAUCUGUGGCUUCGCCCGAGGAACACGUCGUUCUUCCCAGUGCAAAUGUUAGCGUGGAACAAAUGCCUCAAGUUGUGGAGCGGGUUGAGAUAUUGGAAGAUGGGGAGACGGAACCGGAAUCUCUCGACGAAGAUACUGAAGGAAAUGUAGGCUGCAGCAGCAACCCAGCUAAUACCGUCGACUCGGGAAGUUCCGCGUCAAGGAACAAGGAUCUAGUUCCGAUAUUAAAAAAACGAAGAUCCUCUGACGAGAGCCUUGGAAAGUCAGCGAAGAAGCUCGGUCUGAAAUUAAAUUUAGAAGACUCUACUGCUGAUCUUUCACAAUUGCUGGACGAAGCUUUGCAAUAUCCGCGCGUAAGAAUACCUGGACAAAGAUCUACAAAACAAAUCGCAUCUCGAUCUCCAUUAAUGCGAGCACAUGAAUCUCAUCCUACUGAUAAAAAAAUCGAAGGUCGCACCGACUCGGAGGAAAAGGCUGCCCUACAUGCUUGGAAAGAUCCAGAAAGUAUAGCAGAAUAUUUAAUACUCGAUGAUAAACCUCCUCCUGAUCUCACUGCUUUAGACGAGAAUUUAUCUGAGACCGGAACUCGUAAGAAAGAGAUACAGAAACCAAUGGCUACCAAAAAGCAGGUGGAGUUUUCUAAUGUUCAUGAAAUUCCCAGAAAUUUUACUCCCGAAACGGGAAAACAUUAUCGAAAAUCUCCGACACCAAAAGCGGUCAGAUGUUUGUCCUCUGACGACACAUUGGAGGAUUGUGAAAGUUUUUAUGGAAGUGAUAAAGAAACUGACGACGUUUUAAUUUUUUCUGACGAUACCGAAAUUGAUGUUAGUAGUUCAAGUUCUGAAGGAGAGGAUUCCACUUUAGGAGAGCAUGUCGAACACCUCUUGGCUAAGAUAAAAACUGAGAAACAAUCUCGUUCUCCGGUUUGGAAGGUCACUCCUAAAUUCACCAGCGAAUCGUCGAGAUCUCUUCGAAGCCCGACCGCCCAAUCCAGAACUACUUUCGAAAGGGAUAUUUUAGAAUUUGAGCAAGCCGCUCAAAGGAUGCUACGUAGAAUGGAUGUUAUGCUGAUGACGAUUGGAGGAGUAGGCAACGAAAGAGACCCAGCAAAACGCCUUGAGGUGAUAAAAGGAGAAGUUAGCUCUUUAGCUCCAGAUGCUGCGAGUUUAAUUAGUAAAGGAGACGGUCUAGUUAUGACGGUGCAUAUGACCGAUCCGUCUAGGGCUGAGAAGAUCAAGUCCGAUCAUCAGGACAAGUUGAGGAGUAAAUGGCAUCAAGUAAUGUCCGAAACCGAGGCAAGGCGCACACAAGCUCAGAAAGCCGAGGACGCUCUGAGACAGUACAAUGCUCUGAUCUCAGAAUUUAACGACUGGUUCAACGAUGUUCCCUUAAAGCUUGAACAAGCCAACAAUUAUGAAGGACAGCUGGAAUUGUUCACCGAAGAAUUCGAGACCAAACAACAACAGAUUCAGAAGCUCAACGAGUUGGGUAACGAACUGAAGAGAUUCAACGUCGGGCAUUCUGAAACCACCCGUUAUACCAUAAAUAGCAAAUGGCAAGAAGUGAGUUCUCAGUUCAAAAGAUUCAGUGGAAGUAAAGAUAAGGACAAACUUGUCUCCGAGAAGAAAAUGGAAAUUGAUGUCGGAGCUAUGUCCAAACCAGACUUUGUAACCAGAACUAAUAAAUUACGAGAAGCAAUAUCGACUAUAUCGAGAUCUUUGAACUCUUCACCAUUGAAUGGAAAAGACUACGAGUCGUACAUCAACCAAGAAGAAUGCUUGACCAAAAUAAGUAACGCUUUAAAUAUUCUGAAAUCCAGCGUGGAGGAGGUGGAAGGUCUCAGUUCCGAUGUCGUGAGACGUUCCCGUAAAGAACAAGCUGACCAGAUUAUACGUUUGGUUGAAAAACUUAAAGAAGAAUGGGCUAACGUCAACCAGAAGUUUACGACGAGAUAUAAUACCUGGUUGAAAUGUUCGGAAAAUUGGAAGAGCUUACAUAAUACCUGCAGGACAUCUUCCGACUGGUUGGAUAUGGCGGAAGAUAUACUCAACAAGCUGAAUGCAGUGGGGUAUUCAAAAGGUGCUAAAGCCAAGGUACUGGAGCUCGAACAGGAGGUUUCCAGAAGGCAGCAUAUCAUAGGCACAAUUUCAACAUCCAGUAAGGAUAUUGCGAGUCGAUCGUCGCCAGAGGAAGCAAAAGAUUUGCAAAUGAUGGUUGAUAAUCUCAAAAGUCGAUGGCAACACCUCGGCGCAGAAUUAAGAUUGAGAAAAGAAAAAAUUCUCGCAAUGGAAAGGAAAUCCACGACUGGCGAUAAAAGCCUGGAUGCUAUUCACCACAUUAUCGAUCAGGUGAAUGCACUGUUGGCAUCUUCGGCAAACCCAUCCGAUGACACCUCACUCGCAAUCAGACUGUCUCUUAUCAAGGCAAGGGCGGAGGAACUCGCCACGCGGCAAAGAGGGAUGGAAGCUCUGGUGGCCCAGCAAAAUAAUCCUCGUAGCGAGGAUGUUUACAAUAAAACACUUUUGGAUAUAAAUAAGGCAACUUCCAAUCUUUCGACCCACCGCGAGUAUGUUGAAAAUAAAUUAACGUCGUUGAAAAAAUACAUCAACAGUUUGGACACGGUGAUGGCAUGGGUUAUGGAGACACGAACGAGGCUCAAUAUUUCUCGGGAACUACCACAGCAGGAACGUGUCGGAGUCAUUGAUAACAUAAUGGUCGGUGUGGUCGAUCGUGAAAUGGAAGUUAAAGAUGUUAUCGAAAAUUAUACAAAUUUAGAAAAAGAGUGCGAAUCAGCGAAGCAGCCGAUAUCCGUUGAACUUCAAGAGAAGCUGAAAAAGCUGAGGGAGGAUUGGCAGUUCGUUAAAAAUCGCGGGGAACCACCAGAGACAGAAACCUUAUCCGCAGUGACACCAAAGUUAGCGUAUCGACAGAAAGAUGCAGAGAGAAGCUUAGGCGCGGGGGUCAGCCCAGGGACGGCUCCGAGGGGGGCACCGUCCUCUCCUGCCCCCCUCGAAAGAACCGGAACAACCGAGACGCCGGCGUCGAGCGCUUCUCAAAUUGCGAAGUCGACACCGCCGAUAUCACCGUCGUCCCAAACGACCGUCACAAACGUAACCGCACCCGCGUCCCUCAACGCGACUAAAGGCACGCCAUCGACAACCUCGUCGGCAGUCAUAACCGGACUCGACAAAUCCGUUCUUCAGAUACGCGAUUGGCUCACAGUUGAGGAAGAGAUGCUACGUCAGGAGGCUGUGGUCGUCGGUGACGUCGACGAGAUCUUGCAGCUGCUCGACAAACAGAAGAAUGUACUACGAGAAUUGGAGCAAAAGAAACCGCAGUUGGACGAGCUGGUUCAUACCGCGGAAAAUCUACGGGCGGACACUAAUCGACAGCAGCUUCAUGGAAAGGCUCCUCCUUUGAUAGAUGACACCUGUACACCGUAUUUUUCACAAAUCAGGAUUUUUUUGAAAGUUACCAAAUUGAGGGAACAUUGGGAUGAAACAAACUCUAAAAUGAUGCAGAGAAAGACACAACUCGACGCUAUGCUGGGUGACAGUCAACGUUACGAAGCUAAACGGGCCGAAGUUGAAGUUUGGCUCGCACGAAUGGAAACUAGAUUGGAAAGAAUGCGAGCCGUUGGUCAUACGGCUGAUGUACUCGAAGCGCAACUCAGGGAACAAAAGUCUUACCACGUAGAACUUCAUCAGUACAAACAUCAGAUCGAGCUUUUUAAUCAACUCACGCAAAAACUAAUCGCAGUUUAUCAGCAGGACGAUACGACGAGGGUUAAAAAAAUGACUGAAACGAUAAACCAGAGAUACAAUAACCUGAACACGAGUAUCAUUAAUCGAGGAAAACUGCUGCACUCGGCGAUGAAUUCUUUGCACAAUUUCGAUCGAUCUUUGGAUAAAUUUUUGGCGUGGUUAAGCGAGGCGGAAUCAUCUAUGGAAGGACUGGAAGCCGAAGCUGAUAGAUUGGGUGGACGCAGAGACCAGGGUGCCCUGAGGAGACCGCAACAUCAACUUAAGGUACGUGAGUCCAAAACUCUAUACAACCACCAUUCCUUAUCAGGAAUUGACUCUCGAGGAAUGGAUCUCCAGUCGGAGAUCGAAACGCACAGGGAUGUCUACGCCUCGUUAAACGGAACUGGAAGAAAGCUCUUGAGUUCUUUAGCGAGUCAAGAUGACGCGGUUAUGCUGCAACGUCGUCUCGAUGAAAUGAAUCAACGAUGGCAUCACCUGAAAGCCAAGAGUAUGGCCAUAAGAAAUCGACUUGAAAGUAACACCGAACAUUGGAAUGCGUUACUUCUAUCGUUGAGAGAACUGAUAGAAUGGGUGAUAAGAAAAGAUACGGAAUUGACGGGAUUGGGACCUGUAUGCGGUGAUAUUGCGGCCCUUCAAAAACAGCAGGACGAUCAUCGAGGAUUCAGGAGACAACUGGAAGACAAGCGACCGGUCGUUGAGAGUAAUUUAUUGAGCGGACGUCAGUACAUCGCGAACGAGCCUCCGCUUUCGGAUACAUCAGAUUCCGAAGCAGGCAGAGAAUUGGACGGGGAUUCGAGGGGGUACAGAAGCGUCGAGGAACAAGCACGAGAAUUGACGAGGAGCAUUCGCAGGGAAGUGAACAAACUAUCGGAGCAAUGGAACGCUCUGAUCGAACGCAGCGAUGCCUGGAAGCGAAAGCUCGACGAUACUACAAACAAAAUGUGUGUCUUCCAAAAAUCGUUGGAGGAUUUAUCAUCGAGAAUGGCUGCGGCUGAGGCUCUUCAAGGAAGCUGGCAGAACCCAACAGAUUCAAGUGAGGCGACAGAAAUGUUGGAACAGUUACGAAAAUUCGGUGAUCGUCUCGGUCCGAUCCAAAGAAAUAUCGAAGACACGAAUGACCAAGCAAGCAUAUUUGCGUCGAGCAGCGUUAUCGUAUCCCACGCUUUACUCGCUAAACUAGAAGAUCUCAACGUCAGAUGGAAAGUUUUACAAGUAGCUGUAGACGAACGAUAUAAGCUCUUGAACGGAUUCGGAAAGGAUGGCAGCACCCCAGGUAGCCAGGCUUUCCUUGCGGGCAGCGUUGAGCCACCAUGGGAAAGAGCACUGACGCCAGCCAAAGUGCCUUACUAUAUAAACCAUCAACUAGAGACGACCCAUUGGGAUCACCCGAAAAUGAUAGAUCUGAUGUCGUCGCUAGCCGACCUAAACGAAGUCCGUUUUUCCGCGUACAGAACUGCAAUGAAAUUACGCACUGUGCAGAAGCGAUUAUGCUUGGAUAUGCUAAGCCUCUCUGCUGCACUUGAACAGUUCGAUUCGCACGGUCUACGAGCUCAAAAUGACAAGCUGAUCGAUAUACCCGAUAUGAUUACGGUCCUUACAUCACUAUACGAAUUGAUAGCGGCUGAUAAUCCCACGCAAGUUUCAGUUCCGUUAUGCAUAGAUCUGGCCAUCAAUUGGCUCCUCAAUGUAUAUGAUAGGUAUGAUAGUCAACGGACCGGACAGAUUCGGGUACUAUCUUUCAAAGUGGGCCUUGUUUUACUUUGCAAAGGACAUUUGGAGGAGAAAUAUAGAUAUUUAUUCCGAUUAAUCGCCGAUCCAAAUAGAUUGGUGGAUCAACGAAAACUUGGAUUACUACUUCACGACUGUAUUCAAGUACCCAGACAACUUGGCGAAGUUGCGGCAUUCGGUGGAUCAAAUAUUGAGCCCAGUGUAAGAAGUUGCUUCGAAAAAGCAGGGAAGGAUAAAAACGAAAUUGAAGCUGUUCACUUUUUGAGUUGGCUUCAACAAGAACCACAGAGUAUGGUUUGGUUACCUGUUCUCCACAGACUUUCAGCGGCAGAAACUGCCAAACAUCAAGCGAAAUGCAAUAUUUGUAAAGAAUAUCCCAUCACUGGAUUCAGAUAUCGUUGUCUGAAGUGCUUCAACUUUGAUAUGUGUCAAAACUGUUUCUUCUCUGGUCGAAAAGCUAAGAACCACAAACUGACCCACCCUAUGCAAGAGUACUGCACUGCUACAACAUCUGGCGAGGAUGUUAGAGAUUUCACUAGAGCAUUGCGAAAUAAAUUCAAGUCUAAACGAUAUUUCAAAAAACAUCCACGAGUCGGUUAUCUCCCGGUUCAGACUGUUUUGGAAGGUGACGCUUUGGAAAGUCCAGCUCCAUCACCGCAGCACAGUACCCUUAGUCAAGAUAUGCAUUCUAGAUUAGAAAUGUACGCCUCACGUUUGGCAGAGGUAGAAUUAUCUCGCACAAGAAGUAAUUCCACACCGGAUAGCGACGAUGAGCACCAAAUAAUAGCUCACUACUGUCAGAGUUUGAAUGGUGGCGAUAACGUUAAUGUACCAAGAAGUCCUGUUCAAGUCAUGGCAGCUAUCGACGCCGACCAAAGAGAGGAAUUGGAAGCUAUGAUCAGAGAUUUAGAGGAAGAAAAUGCAACCCUACAAGCGGAAUAUGAAAGACUACGAUCGAAACAGACUCCUGGAUCUACUCCGGAGGAUGGACAUGGCGCUAGGCAACCUGAUUGCGACAUGAUCGCCGAAGCUAAAUUAUUAAGACAGCACAAAGGUAGACUGGAGGCACGUAUGCAAAUACUCGAGGAUCACAAUCGACAAUUAGAAGCCCAACUUCAAAGGCUUAGGCAGCUUUUAGAUGAGCCGAACGCAUCAUCGCCUUCAAAAACUGGUACGCUUCAAACCCGAAGUGUGACUGCUUCGCAGCUGGCGACUGAUUCUCCAGCAAAAAUGAACGGGCAUUACCACGACUCUCCAGGUGGUGGAGGAUGGGGUGAAGGAAGAGCCGGAAGUCUAGAGAGGCCACCACCCCCGCCACAUUCGCACAGCAUAUCGCAUAAUGUUGGAAACCUUAUGCACAUGGCAGGAGAUUUGGGCAAAGCUGUUGAAGAGUUAGUAACGGUAAUGACAGAAGAUUCCACAAGAACAAACGGGCAAAGAGCUCCUCCGCCAGCAUUUAAAUAACAAAGAUAUUUAAAAAAGAAAAGAACCGAAAAUCGAUAAAAAAAACCUAAACUAUGUUAUCAAAAUAAACGACUGUAAUUUUUUGCUUGAAAUCAUCUACAUAUUAAAAUAUCUACAGUAUACAUAGAUUUAAUUGUAAAUGACGACCAAGAACGAGUCUGGCUCUAACGCAUAUCAGAGACAUUGGAUCAUAGUUAAACUAUGUUGAUGCAGGGGGCAGAUAUGGGGGCCGCCACGGUGGUUUUGGGUAUUUUAUAAGUUUUGAUAUACAAUUUGUAUAGCUGAAUUAUAUUAAUAAACUGUUACGGCUUGGCUUUGGCGACCCCUCUGCAAAAAAUAUUAACUACACAUAUUGGCUCAUCAUAUCACGGACCUAUCAUACAAAUAUAAAUGAAUACGAGAAAAAGAAAAAUAAAUAAAAAUGAAAAAAAAAAUCAAUUGUUAAUGCUUAGUAGCUAAAAUAUAUAAAAAUAGGUAUAAAAAUAUUAUAAAUAUAUAAAUAUAUACAUAAUGACUACAUUACUAAUGCAUGAAAAAAGCAAUGUAUCAAACCGCAUACUCCGUAGAGCGUAGACUGUAUUUAAAUAACUGUUCUGUUCACUGCCAUUGAAUAUUUUUCCUGAGGCGAUAGAUGCAAUCUAUAAUCAGAAUUUCGAAUACAAAAAAAAAAAAUGAAAAAAAGAAUCCAUAAAUAAAAUAGACCACAUACAGAACACAGAAAUGAGAAAAAUUUCAACAGCUUCUCCGAACUUAAAACUUUUUCGAAAUCAUUUUGUAUUCGAUAAUAAAAAGAAAAGAAUACCGUCUAUUUUUCAUUUUAAUUAACAAAGCCUGUUCCUAUCGUAAUGGAUUGAUCGCUCGGUAAUAAACGGAGAUUUUCGAGAAGGAAUAAAGAAUUAUACUUCACGACCUUUCAAAUUUGCCGUUUGAAAUUGUUUCUUCAACGUCGUGUUGAAGAGAAAAAAAAACUUCAUUGUCGUCUCACGAAUAAAACCAAAUUUGAAAGUCGUAAAAAAUAUGCUUAUCAAUUUACUCGCAAGCAUUACGAAUUUUGAGUUUUGAAAUGAAAAAUUAUUGUCGCUACUGUACUUCUUAACGGAUAAGAGAAUCAACGAAUAACAAUAAAUUCAUUAUUGUAAAAUGAUUGUAAUGGAAAAAAGGACACAAGAAACUAAGAGAAAAAAGAAAAGUGUAAAAGGGUGAACAUUGUUUGAAUAAGAAAACCUUGUUUGGAAAUACAUUUCAUCGGUUUUAUUGAUAGCGGGUGAGACGCAAACAACUACACUGUACAUAACUGAGCACGCCGAACUCGUUUAGAUUGUAGAGAGAGAGUGAAAAAGAGAACCCGCACAAUAUCAAAGAGAAGAAAAAAACCGUGUCUUAGUUUGAACCAUUGUUAAAAUUCGUAUCACUCACUUGUAUCUUUAGCGAAAUCGUUGAUUGAACGAUUCAACUAAUUACGCAACCUUUACAUUAAAUCAACAGUUAAAUAGGGUCAUCUUGUGGAAAUAUGUUAAUUAAUUGUAUAAACUAUAAAACAUAAUCCAUGAAUCGAGUAGAUCGUAGAACAUACAUCGCCAAAUUAUAGCAAUCUCAGUCAAAAUGUUCAAUCCGUCGAGUCGACAUGAUUAUGCCCUGCUCGUAGUAAUUAAUACCUUGUUAAAAAAAUAACCAUCGUUACCUAAUCGUCAAUAUUUAUAUAAUUAUUACCAUUAUUACAAAUAACUAUCAUUAUCCUUAUUAUUAUUAUUAUUAUUAUUAUUAUUAUUAUCAUUAUUAUUACUAAUAUUAUUAUCAUCAUCAUUAUUAAUUGAAGAAUCUUAAACUUAAUAUCACAAUGGCUUGAGACAGUCAAGACUUCCAGCAGUUGUGUGCACAAACGUUAUUUUCUUAUUUUAAUCCAUAUGUUACUUUUGUUGAUUCAAAUGUACUUUAUAAUUUUUAUACAUUUAAUAUAUGAAUAGAUCUAUACAUACUUAUACAGGUUUUAUAUAUACCAACAAUACGAGUAAAAAACUUGAAAAAAGUAGCAUUUUUGCAGAGAUUGAAUAAGGAAAAUAAUUCAAAUAAUAAAGUUCAUAAAUAAUUUACCUUACAAUUUUCAAAGGUUUUUUUUAAGUUUUUCUUACUCUGUUAUUUCACAUUUAAGUUUUUUUCCAUCUUCGCAAAAAGUAAUUGAAUCUCUAUUUUGAGAUCCUCGACGAAAGAAUCUGUUUAAGUUAAUUGAAAAUAUAGAGAAUCAUGAAAAAUGAAAAUACCCAUAGUUGUGAAUGGGAUAAACGAGCGACAAAAACAUAUCAUCUGCGGAUAAAUGUUCCGAUUAUCAUCAGUGCGCAGAGGGUGCAUAACGUUAUAUGAAAUAAAAAAAUAGACGCGCAAAUGCUGCACACCUUAUACAAAAGUAAAAUGUAAAGAAAAACAAACCUCUUCUACCCAAUGUACCGGUAACGAAUGAAUUACACAAAUUACAAUAAAAAUAAUUGUUAACAAUGCAA